AUGUUGAUUCGUCGCGAAUACAGGCUGCGUUCAGGCUCUUUGGGCUUACUAAGGUCAUUGUGUAUCGUCCGUUACUUGUUCGCUUGUGGAAUGAGGCUAUACCUAGCCAUUGAUCGAGCAACUAUUGGCUCUAUCUGCAGAAGGCUCGGCGAAUGCAACGUGAACGCUCGAAGCGAAGUCCCUCGUGGCUCCAGGGACGAUUGUACCGGCAAGCGGUGCCGUUGCCCCAGGUUGAUAAACACUGCAAGCCUCGUUCACAGAGAAGGUAAAGGACAGUCGGCGCUUGAUGGCCGCUCGGUUCUUGUGAACCGCGGCAAGGUUCUCGGCGGCUCGUCUGCCAUGAACUACCUUUGCUACGACCGCGCGUCUGCGCCAGAGUACGAGUCCUGGGCCGAGUUCGGCAACAAGGGAUGGGGUUGGAACACCAUGAUCAAUGCCAUGACCAAGUCGGAAAACUUUACCGACUCCGAUGACGACCGACAUGGUUUCAAGGGGCCCAUCCGCAACUACUACAAUCGUGUGGUAUACCCUGUGCUGAGGCUCUGGGAGCCUGCCGUAAGCGAGUUGGGCACCAACAUCAACGUCCGCCAGAGCAUGGGUGGUGAGCCCAUUGGAGUAGGCUUCCAGCCGACCAACAUCGACAUUACAAAGCACACUCGAUCUUACUCGGCAAGCAGCUACCUUCCUCUGGCUGGCAAUAACUUGAUUGUCAAGACGAAUACCCAGGUUGAGAAGGUCAAUUUGGUCAAGCGCAAGAGUUCGUACCAGGCGACCGGCGUAACCCUUCCCGGUGGUGUCAUCAUCACGGCCACGAAGGAGGUCAUUGUUUCUGCUGGUUCUGUCCAAAGCCCGGGUAUUCUUGAGCUCUCGGGAGUCGGCCAGCCCGAUGUUCUUAAGGCCGCCGGCAUCACUCCCCUUGUCAACCUCCCUGGUGUGGGCGAAAACUACCAGGACCACAUCCGCCUUUCCAACACGUACCGACUAAAGGAUGGCAUCGACUCGUUCGACAACCUCAUCUUUGACAACGCGGGGGCCAACGCCACAGGUGAACUGCAGAAGUGGCAGGAGGGCAAGCAGUCGCUGUACGAGUAUACGACUGCAGCCUACGGCUUCAUGAACUGGAAGCAGCUCGGCAUUGAGGCUAAGAUCAAGCAAAUUGCCACUAACGCUUUCGGCUCCAGUCAGAAUGUGGUCGACGCCAAGAAGCUGCAAUUCCUCAACAACUCCCAGAUCCCUUCGGUGGAAGUUAUCUACGAAGCCAAUUAUGUCGGCGCCUUUGGCUACACUGGUGGAAAGUUUGUAACCUUCCUGGCUACGGUCAUGCAUCCCUUCUCGCGCGGUAGUGUGCAUAUCGACCCCCAGAGCCCUCUUGGGAAGCCCAUCAUCGACCCCAAAUUCUUGAGCAACGAGUAUGAUCUUACCGCUCUUGUGGAGGGCGCAAAGUUUUCUCGCCGCAUCGCCGAAACUGCAUCCAUCAAGGCAACCUGGGAGGCCGAGACUGAGCCUGGCCCAGAUGUCCAGACCGACGAGCAGUGGCGCGCGUUCGCGAAGAAGACCAUGGGUAGCUUUUAUCAUCCUGUUGGAACCUGUGCCAUGCUGCCCCGAAAGGAUGGUGGUGUUGUGGAUGCUGAGCUUCGCGUUUACGGAACGACCGGCCUGCGUGUUGUUGAUAACAGCAUUAUUCCCAUUAUCCCUUCGGCUCACAUCCAAACAGCCGCUUACGGCAUUGCUGAAGUCGCCGCGGCCAAGAUCAUUGCUUCUGCGUAA